AUGUCUGCAAUUGGAGCUAAAAAGUCUGGAUUGGCUGCUGAGGUACAACAAAGUGUUCACGUCAAAUUUGAUUCUCAAUUUGCUCAACAAAUCUUUGGAUGGAUUUCUUCUGUUACUGGAGAGACGUUGCCAUCAAAUGGAGAUAUUAAUGAAUUUAUUUCGACUUUGAAAGAUGGAGUUCUGCUUUGCAAGCUUGUGAACGCUCUUUCUCGAAAUUCAGACGAGAAAGUCAACAACAGCGUUUUGCCAUUUAGAUAUGCAGCAAAUAUUGCUUACUUCUUGUCGUUUGUGGGGAAUUAUGUCGGUAAAAAUGAACUUUUCAAGACGGUUGAUUUAUAUGAGGGGCAAGACCCGAAUUCUGUUCUCGUUUGUUUGGCAGCAUUGGCACGUAAAUCUGAGAAAGUUUUUGGAAAGCCUGGACUUGGACCGAAAGAAGCUGGAGGAGGAACUUCUCGUCAACCUAAAGCUGCUGAACCAAUUAUUGGACUUCAGGCUGGGUCAAGCAAGGGAGCUACUCAGAGUGGAAUGGUUUCUGUUUUAAUAUUAAAAAAUGAAAUUUGGGUUGGGGAAUUUAUUUUAGAGAGCUUUUUGGGAAUCCCACGGCCAUUCAAUUUUUCGAUUUAUCUUAAUUUAAGAUUUAUCAUGUUUGGGUGGUUUCCUACUGAAAUUUCACCCAAAGAUUGA